GUUCAAAAAGUAAAAAAAAAGACAGUCAACCAAAGCGAUAUCGUUUUCAGAACACUGUCUAUCUCUAUCUGUUUACGCCAUUCCCAAGUUUUUCAAAUCGAAAAUUUCAGAAAAGCUUGAAAUUGGGUUAGGGUUAGGAAUGUCAGACUAUCUCCCAGAGGAAGUGGUGCUGGAAAUUCUGCACAGACUUCCCGUCAAAUCCCUAAUUCGAUUCAGGUGCGUUUCUAAAUCAUGGAACUCUUUAAUUACAACCCCUGCCUUCAUCAAUUCCCACUUUUCCUCCAAUUCUUCCAACUCAAACAAAUUAAUUGUUAGGCACUGCGUUGAUAAACCCUAUUUAGAGCACUACAAAUUAAUUGACGAUAACCAUGACUCCUCAUCUGACCAAAUUCAACACAUUGAUUUCCCACUAACGAGUAGUCGUAUAAACCAUUUUAUGUUAAUCGGUUCCGUGAAUGGAUUGUUCAGUCUUUUUGAACUAGAGCGCUAUGUCCUUUGGAAUCCCUCUAUUAGAAAAUUUAUAACCCUUCCAAACCCUUGCAUUAUUGUCAAGACGCACGGCCGCGUUAAGUGUCGUUCAGCAUUCGGGUUUGAUCCACGGACUAAUGAUUAUAAGGUGGUGAGGAUUGCAUUUCGAUGCGGAACUAAAAGGACUGAAGAGGCCAAAGUGCCUCUGGUCGAGGUUUACUCUCUUAAUGAGGGAUCUUGGAGAAUAACAAGUGCUGGCGACUCUUUUUCACCCGGGAUUAGUUUUGAUGACUGGGGGCGACCAUCAGCUUCUUUAAAUGGGGCUGUCCAUUUUGUUGGGAAGGAUAGGGAUGAUAACUUUUGUCCAUUAGUUUUGUCAUUUGACUUAGGUGAUGAGGUUUUUCGUGAGAUAUCAGUGCCAAAUGGUGCAUUCCGUACGAGUGAUUAUGUUCAUACCUCAGUAAUUGGAGGAUCGCUUUCUCUUUUAUGUCAUGAUACUUAUAGGCACACAGUGAACAACUGCUGUUCCAUUUGGGUGAUGAAAGAGUACGGUGUUGUUGAUUCUUGGACUAAACUAUUCACUGUUAAUCUUUACGGAGGACUUAUAAGGGUAUUAGGUCUACAGAAGAAUGGUAAUAUAUUAGUAGAGGCAGAACUACCACUUCAUUGGGAGCUAUCUUCGUAUGACCCUAAGAGCGAACAAGUUAAGCAUUUGGGAAUUUGUGGGAGACCAUACUAUUUUUGUGUUGAUAAUUAUAUGGAGAACCUUGUCUUGCUUGACAAACCGAAUGAUGCAGUUUCCAAAAGGGGAGUGAGCAGGAAGAGGAAAUGCAGAGAUAAGCUUGAUUCAAGUCAACAUUUCAGCUUUUGCUUGUUGACAUCUGAUGAAGCUAGAGUGCACCUGCUACAGGAGGCAAGAGAACAGCAACAAGAGGUAGUACAACUCGAAGAGACAGUACGCCAGCGACAAGAGGCAAUGCUAUAUCAACAAGAGGCAAUACAACAGCAGAUGGAGAGAAUGGCCUAUUUUAAAUCACAAUUGGAGAAAGCGGCCAAUUUUAAAUUAAGAUUGGCCCAUUUGAUUCAGCGAUUAGGGGGGCCAGGCUGGAGACAUAUUUAGUGGUGUUAGAGAUCAAAGUGCAACACAAGAACAACGAAGAUCCUCUUCUGCAGGUCAGGAAAUGUGACCGUGAGGUGGGAGUGAGAUUCUGUCUUAAUAUUUUGUUAUACUUGGGAUAUUAUGGUCUUAAUCUGACACUGGUAAAAAGUAGCUUGUUGUAUGUUAAGUAGUCUUCAAUGAAUUUAGUAAAAUUUGUAUUAUGAUAGAAUAUCCUUUGUUAGAUGA